AUGCAGAUUUGCUUUUACGACCGUUACACAAUAACUUUGGAUGAUGAUAAAGAUGCGAAACCGUUCCAACCAUAUGAAGUGCAGGUGCAAGCUGUAAACGACGAGGGCACAGCCAACGUUGUGCCUGAAACUGUGGAGGGUCGUACCGGAGAAGGCGUUCCUAGCAGUAUCCCUACCGGAUUCCGUGUUGUCAGCAAAGACGGCACCACAGCUACAUUCGCUUGGAAUCCUGUGGAUCCAAGUACAGCGAAUGGAAACUUCACUGGAUACAAGAUUACAUACUGGCACGAUGAAGUUGAAGGCGAGGAAGAAGAGAGUAACGAGGUUGAGUCGAGGCUUCGAUUCAGGAGAGCGUCAAGAACAAAGCGAGCUGUUGAAAGCAGGAGAAAAACGGUUGUGUUUGGCCCGAAAGCCACAAGUGGAACGAUUACUGAUUUGAAGCCCGAUACGCAAAAUUAUGCGACUAUACAGGUGAUAAAUGGAGCCCAUGAAGGUGAACCGAGCGAAGUCAUACAAUUCCAUACGGCGGAAGGC